CUUCCUCUCUCUAUAUGUGUCUUCUGUGACUAUUUCCAUCGCUCUCAUCCGCACCUUCGACAAUGAGAAACACACACCUUCGCUGACCGGCAACUGCUGCCGAGGCUACAUACGCCUCAUUCACCGCUCUCCACCGGUAAACCCUCGGCGGGUGGAGAGUGGAGCAUUCCCUCACGCCUCGGCCCGGUGCUAUCCUCAACAAGGCAACUUUUGACCUCGAAUGAAUUAUACAUGUCUCAGCUGGCUAUGUGGCUAUCCCGGCUCUUCUAUUGGCAACCUAAGGCAUCGUGCCUGCUGACAUCAGACCCGCCGAGCAAGAUAAGAGCGGGACUGAGAACGGGGCUCUACGAAAAUGGACCAACUGGACGUGGACGAAAGCAUCAAUACCAACACUUUCAACAACCUCAACCUCGACGAACCAUUAGAUGAUGACUCCAGUUCCGAUGAAGAAAGUUCUAACCAUGUCCUUCCCGAAUGCCAAAUCUGUGAGACGAUACCAAGCGAGCUUUUCCCGCCCGAAGAACUUUACAGACUGUUUCAUGAAGAUUGUUCUGCAUGCCCGGAUGAGGAUUGGGUACUUUGCGACUGGUGUCGGCAUGCCAGACUCAAACACAUCUUUCUAUGUCCAAACGCGGGAGACGACGUGGUUUUGGAUCCGAUUCUAAUGCCACAUAUAAAGACUCGCAUAUUCGAACAAACUGCCACCGAUUGUGCGUUUUGUUCUUUCGUGGAGGCCAUGGCGAAUGAGGCCCUUAAGGGAUCUUCCCUGGAAAAUUGCUUGAUAGUUGG